AUGCCAGGAAACCACUCGGUAUCAUCCAGUAAUCCACGGGAUUAUGCUAGGAACGUAACAAGGACAAAGGGUGCUUGUUCAGAGUGCCGCCGCCGACGUCGCAAGUGUGACCUGCAAAAGCCAAGCUGCCGGCGUUGCGUCUCAGCCAAGAUCACUUGCACAUACGCGGCAACAGUGCUGGAAUUCCGUGACUCAACCGCCUGGGCAGCGCAGAAGGUGGAAGCAGCGAAAGCGAGGACUCGUGCGUCUCACGCCUCCGCCGCCGCCACCAGUGACAGGUGCGCCUCUGUGGCCGACGUAAACGCUUCGGAUAGCCCAGAUGCAGACUGCUACCGCUUACCACCUGCCUCACCACUGAUUCCAUUGAGCGAAACGACGGCAUCGCCCCUGACCUCACGUACUUACCCAACAAACAUCUCAGUACCUAGUGGGGGUCCCUGUUCUGUUAGCCCGGAAAAAGCCAUUGCUAGUGAAUUCGACGUGGUGAACUGGGAUGGAGAGACAGGUCUUAACAGUUCCAUAUGGAUGGUCAAUUCUAUUGGCUCCACUUCGCACGCAAUUGGCUUGCCCCCGAAUGACUCGGAUCUCACGGCCGACAACUCGGAUCCAGUGUAUGACGAGAGCACACGGGCACUCAAUGUAGACCAGGGAACUCGGAUUGGUAGCCAAGGCUAUUCAGGCGCCGAGAGCAACACUGGGCUCUCGCCUGGCCAGCUAAGGAAGACUCCGGAUCUGAGGAAGACAAAUGACAGCAAUUCCUUUUUCCCAGCCGACGAGGGUCGUUCAGUCCUAGAGCUAGGGCUGCUUGGCCCUGGAGAUGCGAAUUAUGUUGAUACAAUGUUUCCUUGGCCGCCGCCACUCCAAUCACCACCACGUUCCUUGCAAACCACACCUGAUGUCCCAGUUGGCGACCGGCUUUAUCUAGCUCAUUUUGUCACGCACGUCGCGAAUCUCCUCCCUACGGAAAUGCAAUCUCUGCGAACAACAGCAAUGACAGAAGUACAUGUGCGGCUUGCCGCCAUGGCCCACGGCGCAGCUCAUCUGGCCUUUCUCCAAGGCGCACCCAAGGCCGAUCAGCAGCACGGCUCUAGAUGGGUUUCCAAAGAAGCCCACCGGAAACGAGGCUCUGAGCUAACAGCUCGGGCCUGGCGUGAGACGGACUCUAACUCGAGUCUACCACUUGACACAAGUCUGGCGGUGAUCUUGCUUCUAUGCUAUCACGAACUCGAAGCCGGCACGUUUCAUAGCCUUUGGAGCCUCGUGAGUCGGCUUGAUCUACGAAUUAUGGCCUCGAUGAACGACCUCUCUACACUGAGCUAUGGAAUCAUGCAGGGAUGGUCGCAUAUUCGUGCCCUUGCGAAACGGACCUGGCCCCUGGUGCAGCCUACUGCUUUGGAGUCACGAAUGGAAAAUAUUCUUUGUCAACUCGAGGAGGUUUAUGCCAUGUCACGAAGGGUCGAUUCUAUAUGUAUCAUGGCUGUCCGUUUAAUGUACAGGGUUAUCUCAUGCAAGUGUUUGGGCUACUCCGGUUCUCCAUCUAAAGACACCCUUCGAAAUAUACGAAGUUGGUGGAAAAUCCUUCAGGGCACUGCUGAAUCAGCCCAGGAACAACUUUUCGACGACGACUACGAAAAUGCGCUUCAUGAGGAUCAGAUAUACACAGAGCUGCAAAGCCUUGGGGAGAGACUCCAGGACUGCGACAUUCCUCAAGAGUUCCCUCCUGACUUUGAGGCUAUGCUUGAUCGAUCAGCAUCAAACACUCUGUCGCCUGGCAGCCAAACGGACAUCAGUGCCUCGGACCCUCUGUUCUAUUUCACUAGUCAUGAUCAAGCCAUGUCAUGUGCUGAUUAUGCUUUUGCGCAUAUCGUCACUGAUAUUCGGCUACUCAAAUAUGCUAUAGCACCAGCAGGAGGCAAAAGAACACCACGAGCACCAAACCCGUGGCUGGCUCUUUUGCAACAUAUCGCGCAAGGCCUCGAUAUAGCCAAUUGUUCUAGUCGGAAUGCGUAUCGCAUGUCCAUUAUAUCACAAAUACUGUGUGGUGCUCUUUUGUGUUGUGAGCCAACCGUACUAAACUUUCUCGAUGGACUUCUUGAUCGAAUGCUUGCUCAAGGCCUGCACCGCGAAGACGCCAUGACGCCCCUGCUUUUGCUUUCACGGGUGAUAAAUACUCUGCAAAAUGAGUUUCGCCAAGGACGACAAAUUUUUCUUUGCUCGGUUACGUUCAAUGAGUGGACUGCCAAGGAGGAACUUUUUACUUCGGGUCAAGGAGAAUGCUUGAUCAUUUUGGGAAGAGAGGCUAGUGGCACAUUGUUUAGCGAUUCUGUGCCUUUAAUUUAUGAAAUGUCUUGA